AUGUUUGAAUCAGACGAUUAUGACCAGGUAUUAUCUCAAUUUGAAUUUCCCGAAGAUGCGUUAGUAGUAAACAAAAAUAAUCCGGCGAAAAAUGAUAAUGUGGAAACUACCCAAACGAAUGGUGGACAAAUUUUGAACUUGAAUGAGGAUGUUCCUAGUAAUAUUGAAGUACUUGUGAGGAAUAAUGAAAAUAUUCCAAAUAACAGCAAAGAAAAUGUAGUUAGGAAUGCAAACAGUGUAAUAUCACCAAAGCAUACAAAGAGAAAAAUGAUCAAUUCAUACUUUGAUCAUAAAAGUAAACGAAAGUUCCCUGGUCCAGCUGGACUUCUCAGUGGAGGAUUUGAAGAAAAUGAAAAUAUUUGUCAAAUUGAACUACUUUCACAGGAUGUUGAUUUCACUCAAAACAAUUUAAGAGGAGACUUAUUUGAGUCUCCUUUGUGGGUGAGGUUAUUAGACGAUUUGAAAACUUGGAAUUUACAUGAUGUAGAUUCAAUAAAAAUGGUUAAACAGCAAGCGAUGUCUGGAAACUUGAGAAGAAGGAAAGCUCAUACAAUUACUGCCUUUGUUGAGACAGUGGAUAGAUCAGCCACAGACCCACUGAUUAUUAUGAGGGAUACCACAGGAAAUAUAAAAGGCACACUUCAUAGAGAUGCAUGGUCAUCAUUUUCAAAGUACAUAGCUUCAGAAUACUGUGCCUUUAUCUUAUGGAAGCCCACAAUACUUACAACAGGCAGUGCUUUCAAGAAGCAUUAUCUUAAUAUAACAUUAAGUAAUAUAUUAGCUGUGUAUAGCUCUACAGUACUGGCUGAUGAUGCAGAAGCUAAACCUUUACCUGAUGGAUAUAAAAUUGUUUAUGAAGAAGACUAUACUGUGAUAAAAACUGAAAAGAAUUUAAAUAACAUAGGUACAGAUGAAACAGUAACAAAUGGUUUUGAUACCAAUGCCACAGAUUUACUAGAUGAACUGGAUACUAUUUUUUCUGAUGAUGUAUUUUAA